AUGUGCUACGACCGCUACGUUGCCAUCUGCAAACCCCUGCACUACGGGACCCUCCUGGGCAGCAGAGCUUGUGCCCACAUGGCAGCAGCUGCCUGGGCCACUGGCUUUCUCACUGCUCUGCUGCACACAGCCAGUACAUUUUCCCUGCCCCUGUGCCAGGGCAAUGCCCUGGGCCAGUUCUUCUGUGAAAUCUCACACAUCCUCAAGUUCUCCUGCUCACACUCAGGCUACCUCAGGGAAAUUGGGCUUCUCUGGGUUACUAUCUCUUUAGGAUUUGGUUGUUUUGUUUUCAUUGUUUUCUCCUAUGUGCAGAUCUUCAGGGCUGUGCUGAGGAUCCCCUCUGAGCAGGGACGGCACAAAGCCUUUUCCACCUGCCUCCCUCACCUGGCCAUGGUCUCCCUCUUUGUCAGCACUGCCACAUUUGCCCACCUGAAGCCCCCCUCCAUCUCCUCCUCGUCCCUGGACCUGGUCGUGUCAGUUCUCUAUGUGGUGGUGCCUCCAUCACUGAACCCCCUCAUCUACAGCCUCAGGAACCAGGAACUCAAGGAUGCCAUAAGGAAAACAAUGACUGCAUGUUUUUAA